AAUCACCAGUUUUGGUAAUCCAUGGCACGGACGAUGAAGUAAUAGACUUUUCUCACGGUAUAGGAAUUUACGAAAGAUGUCCAAAAGCAGUAGAACCGCUUUGGGUAGAGGGAGCUGGACAUAAUGAUGUAGAACUGCAUUCACAAUAUUUUGAGCGCCUAAAAAGAUUUUUGACGGUCGAAUUGGUCAAAUGACAAUUAAAGACUUCGGCAGAAGUAACAAAUAAAACUAUAAUGCCCGAAGCAACGAUAUCUUCAGAAAACCAAGCUGCUUCAACUUCUGCCAUUCCAAGUAUACAAGAAACACAUGGUGCUUCAACUUCAUUAAAAGUAUCGUCAUCACCAAGGACAAAAUCAAAAUCUGAUAAAAAUGAACUAGAUGCUAUAUCGUCAACAAGUUCAGUUUCCACUAAGGCUUUGGCUGAAAAAUUUCUCUAGCAAAAACUACCCGGCUCACUCGCCAAAAUCAAUAAAAAAGAAAUGAGUGAAAUUGACAAAAACAUUUAUGAAGUCCAAUUGAAUGUAAACAUUGUAUCAUCUUCACAAAAAAAUAAUUUAUACCAGUAUAUAAAGAGAAACCCAUCUUCCAUUGAAAAUAAAAAAUCAACAACAGAUAAGAAAGAACUAACUUCAAAUCAAUCAUCUUCAAUUAGAUCUGUAAACACAGACGCAAGUUGUUCAUUAGGAUUUGACGAUCAUAUUCAACAGCAUUCCAUAGCACCAACGUUACCCAUACAUUCUCCACACUCACCACUGCUAACUGACGAGACUACCAAUUAUCAUUUAAAAAAGACAAAAUUGUCUGCCAGAUAUAUUAAUAAUACAAAUUUUAAUGCCGCAAACGAUAAUUCCAAGCUUGGUACUGAAAUAUCAUCAAAACUAAUAUGUUAUUGUGAAAAAAGAGGAGAGGAAUCUUUAGAGUCUUCUAAUAAAAAAAUAUCAGUAGAUUCGGGUGUAGCAAAACGUUUAGUUCCUACACGCAAUGCAGCCACAAGUCCACAUUUGGACAUACGGAAACUGGGUAGUAUGACUACGGUAACACCCUCCCCCUCUUUAACAAAUGAACUGUGUUUUAAGUUGACAGAUUGUAAAAAAAAUAAAUCAAAAAUCCAAAAUGCUACAAAAAUAGAUGGUGAGCGAAAUCAUAAAAAAGUUUUACAUAAACUCAACUCUAUUGGUGAAUCGAAAGCUAUAAAACUUCUUCGAACCACACGUUCACUGUCACCAAGACCACCCAUACGGCAUCAACAUGCCAUACUAGUAUCAGAAUCUAAAAACGUUGAUGUUCAAUUUCCUCGAUUAUUCUCAACUAACGCUCGCAUAAAUAAACAACAAAUCAGCAAAGUGUGUCGAUCUGAACAGUCAUCUCCCAAUGUAAUGGAUGGUACAGAGAUACAAUUUUCAUACAAUGAAUCAACAAAUCGUAGUACUGGUUGCUUGGGUAACGUAUUUUCUGACCCUUGGUUAAAAAUAACUAGUGCCGACAAUAUGUCAUCUUCUAUUUUGUCUGCAAAUAAGGAAAAACGAUUUCAUCCCGCUAGCACAGUCAUAAAAAACAAUGAUGAUCCUUGGGUUAAAAGGGCAGAUAUAGAAUCACCGCCUAAAUCUUCUAGAUAUGAGUUAUUUCGUCAAAGCAAGUCAUUUUCGGUCUCUAAAUUUGAUGUAGAUCCAUAUUUGUUGAAUAGUACUAAAAAAUCUCCUUGUCACUUAAAUUAUGAAAAAAAUGCAACUUCUGCAAUUGACGUCAAAAAACAGUUGCGAUCAGCUCCGUCUUCUCCUCAAUUCUUAACAGCGCCAUUAAAUAUGUUCACAUCGACUACAUAUCCAACUAACUCUAGUUUUAACGAAAAAACUCCUACACGAUCGUCUAGUUUUUCACCUGCAAGAAUAAAGGACAACCAUAAUCCUUUCAUGGAUUAUACUUUACAUCAAUCUAACUCACCUCCGCCCUCAAUAUCAGUUGCUGCCGAAAUUAUUGAUGAGCAAAACAGAAGUAAAUCAAAAUUAAAUAUUCGGUCUACGAAUUACGAAUUUUUGAAUGUGUUUAAUCCACUACUUUUAAAUGCUAGACACAGUUUCUCCUCCGUUUCUGAGAAGCAACAGGGAGAAGAAUUGCAACUUAAUAUACGACGUCUCUCUGAUCAAAUGCGUCGUGCAGAUACAAUUCUUACCAAUUCCAUUAAAACAUUUUCAAGUGAUCGCAAUGUUAGAGAAAAUCGAAAAGAUGAAAAUAAAGCAUUAUGUUUUGCAAAUCACACAAACCAGCCAAACAUUGCAAUAAAUAGGGCUGACUUCUCGGAGUAUUUGGAGCAAUUUAGAUGCAGUGAAGCCAAAAAAGCAGCUGUUAAUAAAGAAAAAGCAUGUUUGUGGAUGGAGAAAAGCAAACAUACAAAAACACAAAUUAACCAACCGAUCGUCAUUAAUAAAACUCAACAAUCAUCAGAUUGUCUUUUGGAGACUACAUGUUGAUUUCCGCAACAAUUUAUUCUAUUAACUAUUUAUUUCUCAUGAUAUGGUAUCAAUGUUAUAUGCAAGCAUACAUGUAUUUUACGUAAAAAUAUUGGUAAAAACAAAUAGAAAACUUUCAUAAAAUAAAUACUCCAUUAAAAUAUACAACAAACA